CCUAAUCCUGAGCAGAUGAUCUUUACCUAAACCAAAGUUCUACCACGAGUAGUCCAAUCUCACUUGAACAAGAUGCCGUUGGAAGGACUGGACGAAGAAGGACUGCCUAAGAACCCUGACCUAGCCCUCACUGAGCUAAAGUUUCUCCUAACAGUUAAAUUUACUGGUCCAGCGAACAAGGAAAAUGUCUGGGGAAUAUUACUCAAGUCUAUCAAGGAUAAUGCCAUGGCCCCAUUCUAUCUCAGCCUGUGUGCUGAUGUAGGGAGGACAGUCGACCCUGCCCUGCUCUCCGUAUUAGAGGCUAAAAACAAAGCCACGUUGGCGACACUUGAGGCAGGCAUUGAGAAUGCUGAGAAGAACUUUGGUGAGACUGAGCAGAGAGACGCACUCAUGGCCAAGGCAGAGUACCUCUGCACCAUCGGAGAUAAGGAUGGGGCAGUGAGUGCAUUUAGGGCGACCUAUGAGAAGACUGUUGGACUGAGUCACAGAAUGGACCUCUCCUUCUACCUCAUUCGAAUUGGGCUCUUCUGGAUGGAUCACGAUCUCAUCACUAGGAACAUCGACAAGGCCAAAGCUCUGAUAGAGGAGGGUGGAGACUGGGAUCGGAGGAACAGACUCAAGACCUACGAGGGACUCUAUGCUAUGUCUGUACGCGAUUUCAAACGAGCAGCCGAAUGUUUCUUUGAUACCAUGGCAACAUUUACGUCCACCGAGAUCAUGGACUAUCGCACAUUCUGCAAGUAUGCCGUCUUCUGCUGUAUGGUGGCCAUGGGUCGAGGGGAGGUCAAGAAACACAUUGUGAAUGGGACAGACAUUCUGGAGAUCCUCCAUGAUUAUCCUGAGCUCCAUGACCAUGUCACCUCUCUCUACCAUUGUCGCUAUGAUGACUUCUUCAAGAGCCUCAUUUGGGCAGAGAAUGAGUUCAAAGGUGACUGUUUCCUUGCCCCCCACGCUCGCUACUACAUCAGAGAGCUGCGUAUCAAGGCGUACACACAGCUGCUCGAGUCUUAUCGCUCCCUCUCCCUUGCACACAUGGCCAAGAGCUUUGGGGUCGGAGUUGGGUUCAUUGACAGGGAGUUGUCUAAGUUUAUUGCAUCCGGCCGUCUUCAUUGCCGUAUUGACAAAGUGGGAGGUGUAGUUGAGACCAAUAGACCAGACAGUAAGAACUUCCUCUAUCAGUCGACCAUCAAGCAAGGAGACUUGCUGCUGAAUAGGGUCCAGAAAUUGAGUAGAGUGAUCAACAUUUAAACUGCCCCUUACAAUUAACCAUAGCUGGUAUUCUCUCGUAUCAAUACCCUUAUCAAUUAUUUAAUAUACAUGUAACCAUAGUUACCAUGAUAAUUAUAAUUAUACACUGUGUUGCAUCUCGCUCAAAGUUUAUUGUGAAAAGUUAUAAUUAUGA